AUGCCCGGUGAUGAGGGAACACACCCAUACUCCCCUCCGCAAUUGCAAUCGCAAUCGCAGUCGCAACCUCAGUCGCAACCACAGCCUCAACCACAAGUCCCACAAGCUCCACAAGCUCAGCAGCAGAAGCGCGAUCUGUCGGAAGAUGCGACCGUAGAUUCUCCGACCGACCAGGCCAUAGAUGGCACCAAGAGGCGUCGGACGGGGGCGAGUACAAGCUCGAGAGGCGUCGCAAACCUCACCCCCGACCAGCUUGCGAAGAAGCGCGCAAAUGACCGCGAAGCUCAGCGCGCAAUCCGCGAGCGCACUAAGAAUCAGAUUGAGAGUCUAGAGAAGAAGAUCCGCGAGUUGACGUCGCAGCAGCCGUACCAGGAGACACAGCAUGUUCUGCGGCAAAAGGAGUUGGUUGAGGCUGAGAAUGCCGAUAUUAAGAAGAGAUUGGCGUCGGUGAUGGCGUUGAUACAGCCAAUUAUUGGACAACAAGGCAUUGAAGCUUCUUCUGCAUAUACCCCUCCUGCGCCGCCAUUUGUCCAUCCUCGCCCACGUUCCUCGAGCCACACCAUUUCAACACCCACCAGCGUGGCUUCUCCCAGUACUAGAGCCACAGGCUCAGCACAAUGGCCAGCCGUCUCGGCCCCAAUGGGUCAUGAUCCUCAAACAUAUUCCCAAGUCCAAACCGCCCACAGCCAGCAGUUAAUGCAGCAAAGACACCAUAUGGCACAUAAUCUAGAUAUGGGCCCCGAACGGCUGGGGUUGGAUUUCCUCCUCGAUGGCACCCAGAGAAUAGCCAAGAUCUCAAAUGGCCUGAAUAGUGCGCAGGAGGGAUCCAGUUUUGUGCAGGCGAAUCGGCCUUCGGAUCUGGGAAGUCCGGCGAUUCGUAGGAGGAAUUCCAUUGGUGUUGGUGGUUAUAAUGCCGGGAGCUCUGGGCAGGAGAUUAUGGCACAUGCGGCGCCUAUUCGGAAUGGACCUCCUACUUGUCCUUUGGAUAGCGUGCUACUUGAUUUAUUGCAUGAAAGGCAGCAGCAGGCUGCAGAUGGCGUCGGUAAGGGAACCCCUCUCCUUAAAACAGCACUUGCUAGCCCGGAAACUGGGCUUGUAGUCUCAUAUGUCCUCCCAGGAAACUCACCACCCAGCCUCGUUGGACCAGCCUAUCCCAGCGUAUCCUCGCUCCUAAACCCAGCCAACAGCAUCCACUCGCACCCUCUCUCAAAAGUAUUUACUGAUAUCCUCGCAACCUUCCCCGACCUCUCUACGCUCCCCGAAAGAGUCGCCGUCCUCUACAUAAUGUUCCUGAUAAUGCGCUGGCAAAUCCUCCCCACACAAGAAAACUACGACCGUCUCCCCGACUGGGUAACCCCACGUGCCUCCCAGCUCUUCACCCCUCAUCCUCCAUGGAUCGAUCAUAUCCCUUGGCCCAAGAUGCGGGAUAAGCUUGUGAGGGACUAUAACCCUAGGGAUUAUCUGUUUGAUAAUUUCUUUAUUCCGUUUACGUCAACGCUUAGUCUGAAUUGGCCGUAUGAGCCUACAGAUUCGUUGUUGAGUAAUAUGGAGGGGGACGAUUUAAUGAUUAAUCCGGUUUUCGAGAGGCAUUUGAGGAGGUUGGAGAAUUGGAGCUUGGGACCCGCGUUUGCGAACGCCUUUCCGGGGCUGCAUGAUACGUAUCGACUGAAGACUGAAGGGGAUAGGAGAUAG